CCGGUAGCCCAUUAAGAAGCACUCACGCUGGUAUCCGGUCGUGUGUCCUUUCAGACAAGCCUGGAACAGCCCCUGUCACCGACCCACGCUGCUGUUUUGUACAGCAGGGCAAUAACUCAGUCCGCAGGUAGCACGUUUGACGCAGGGAGGGGUAUUGUGAACCAUGGAGCGUGUCAUGGGAGGAGGAAUGCUGCCACUGGUUUUAGCAAGCGCAGGGGUCUUGCUGUUGUACCGGAUACUUGUCCGCCUUAGAUCAGGAGCUGCUCUGCAGGAUGCUGUAGUGGUCAUCACAGGGGCCAGCUCUGGACUGGGGAAAGAGUGUGCACAGGUCUUCCACGCUGCAGGUGCACGGCUUGUGCUGUGUGGUCGAGAUGCAGGCCGUCUGCAGCAGGUGGUUCAGGAGCUUACAGCAAGUUCAGCAGCCACACAGUGGCAGACCUACACCCCCAGCACUGUCGUCUUCGACCUGGCUGACACGGACACAGUGGACAGAGCUGCAGAGGAGAUCCUGAAUUGUUAUGGACAAGUGGAUGUCCUCGUCAAUAAUGCCGGAAUCAGUUACCGUGGCAACAUACUGGACACUCAUCUUUCAGUUCAGCGGGAUGUUAUGGAAACAAAUUACUUUGGACCGAUUGCUCUUACUCAGGCUCUCCUGCCCUCCAUGGUUCGCCGGCGUAGCGGCCACAUCGUGGUCAUUAGCAGUGUCCAGGGCAAGAUAGCGAUUCCUUACAGAUCGGCUUACGCAGCCUCGAAGCACGCCACCCAGGCCUACUUCGACUGCUUACGGGCAGAGAUCGAGCGCUACGGGAUUCUAGUGACCGUGAUCAGCCCUGGGUACAUCCGAACCAACCUGUCUCUCAACGCUGUCACAGGGGACGGCUCUAAGUAUGGAGUUUUGGAUAAAACCACAGCUAUGGGCCGGGAUCCCAGGGACGUGGCUCAGGCGGUUCUGAAGGCUGUCCGUCACAGGAGCAAAGAUGUUGUUUUAGCGGGACCUCUGCCCACCGUGGCCAUCUACCUGCGCACACUGUGGCCCGCGCUCUUCUUCAAACUCAUGUCUUCUCGCGCUCGCAAGGAGCAGAAACCGAAAGACGAAUGAGGGCUGACGGAGCGGCAGGUGAGGGGGACCAGCGGAUCACCAGCCCAGUUCAAGUCAUGUGGAACAAAACGUGAAACUGACUGCUCUUCAUGGACAGGAGAUGUGAACAGAUGCAGCUCUUCAGUAACAUUGUUACUAAUACAGCAUCUGAAACAAACCAUAAACCUGCAGUCGCUGUACAUUGUAACAGGACCUAUGGUGAGUGUUUUUUUUUCUUUCAUAGUUUUUGUUGACUAGACCAGACUGUUGUUCAGCUAUUUCAUUUAUUUUAAUUAACUUUGAGCUCAGAAUCGCUGCUUAAAAGUGGACCUGUAAAUCUAUUACAGUACAGCACAGACAAAAACAUCCUUAAAAGCCUGCAGCAUCACAUUUUAAUGACUGAAAAAGAGAGAGAUGGGAUUUAAUAUGUAAACAUCACACUGUACCACUAGUCUUCUGAUGCCAACUGUACAAACAAGUGUAACAAUGCAGGAUAUGAUGAAGGUAUCCUGUGUGUGUUUUUUUUUUUUUUUUGGUAAAUCAACCAAAAACAGCAGUUUUAGUCUACUUACAAACCCAUACUAUACUUAGAAAGGCACAGUUACAACAAUCUUGUCUUCAUUAGAGACGUGGUAUAGCACCUGAUAUGUUGUUUCUGGGUCAUCUGUACCAUAUGGCAUACUGAACACCGCUCCUGAAAAUGGCUCAUAACAAAGUGAUUUCAAUACACGUAAAGGAAGGAAAUGCUGCUUAUCUGCCCAGAAAAAGAACUGCAGAGCCAAGUGUUUUUUUUUUUGUUUUUUUUAAAGGGGUCAGUUUGAUUUCCUGUUUGACUCAUACACUUCUUGACAAAUGUUUUACCACUUUGUCAGUUCAGAUGAGCAGCAUCACAAACCCCCACCCUAUUUUUCUGUCCUGUAUAUUCCCGUAGAGUUAAUUAAAUGAGUUGUUGUAUUGUUUUGAUGGGUGACAAUUUAUUUUCUUUGUUGGGGACAGUCUGGGAUCAGCAGAGAAACCAUUCAGCCGUCUCUGGAAAGGAUGACAAACCUUAAACUGCUGAUUAAAAACCCAGAGGGCUCAUACUCUAAAUGUACAAGUUUGCAUUUGAAUUGGUUUCACCUCACAAUAAAUACAAGAAACAACAAGCCGAUUUUAUAACUAUCUUUAUACACAGAAUAAAAACACCUUUUACAAACUGAAAAUUUUAAACAACAGGUUUUUCCUUUUUAGAUGUCAUCUUAAUAUUAAGUUAAACAGAAAACACUUUUUUUCUGAAAUGUUAAUAAAUAGUCCAAAUAACAAUUUACAUUAUGUUACAAAAGCGCAGUGAAUACUGGAAUUGCCAUUUGUACAAAUACAUCCUUCAACAGAAAAAAAAAACAUGCCAGAUUCAAAGACAAAACCUGCUGUUUAUUCCUUAUUAAUGAUCAUCUUCAUUGUUUCUUUUCUAGUGUGAGAAGAUGAAGCCUUAUCAGAUGUCUUUCACGAACGAAUAAACACCACAACAGCUUUUACACUGUAGAGUCAAAUCUCCCCCAAGGUGCUUGAAGGAGACCAACAUUUUAAAUCCCAUUUGUGGAAUGACAACAAGCGCUCUCCUACGAUUUACACUCACAGAGAUGAAGUCGAACGUGUUGAUGAGACAAGAUGUUUACAAUACCGCAUAUUGAUGAUGCUGGUUAAUUAAAAUUCGGAGAACAUCUGAAUGCAGUGAGUCUGGACUUGGUGUAGUCCCCAUGAGCCAGAGUGAAACUUUGUGGCUAAAGCAAGCAAAUCGACUUGAAAGCAUGUUUACCUUUAACGUCAUCACAUACAGAGCAGGCUCAGGUCAAAGGGAUGGUCAAAUGUUUAGAAGCCAAUGAUGUUGACAUUAGCCAUAGUGUUCAGUAUCGAUAUUAAUCAAUGGGCAAUUAAUGUUUUUGACACAACCAAUUUGCGCAUUUUGCUAGUGAUUAAAAAAGGACUGCAAGACUUACACCAAAAAAAAAAAAAAAAACUUAAGUGGAGUGUCAGCUAUGGCUUUAGUGUUUGAUUUAAUUACAUACUCCUUACUGCUCACUCU